GAUCAAAGCAGCAGACACGCCAUGAUAUACAUCUCUCUCCCUUCACUUAUUACUCGCCUCUUAGCUCGUGUUUGUAGUUCAGCCUAAACCCUAGCUUUGUUCGACUCGAGUCGAUAGCAAUGGAUCAACAGCCCGAACCAGUUACUUACGUCUGCGGCGACUGUGGACAGGAGAACACUUUGAAGUCUGGGGAUGUGAUCCAAUGCAGAGAGUGUGGCUACCGUAUUCUCUACAAGAAGCGUACCCGUAGAGUUGUUCAAUACGAAGCUCGCUGAGAACCACAAUCCCAAAAGAUGAUUGCAAGUCUGUUAAGAUGACUCUUUCCUGCCUAUGUUUCUAAUAUAACCUUGACUAGAAAGUCUGUCGUUAUUUUUGCUAAGUGGCUUGUUUUGGUGUGGUUUGAUUACAACUGAGCGUGCCUUUGUAAUAAUCUCUUUGCCUUUUUGGUAAAAAAGAAAUGUUAGGCUAACGGAUUCACAUUAGUAGAAUCCAUUAUUGGCUA